ACAAUAAUUCCAUUACGAGACUUAGAUGUGCCAAAUAUUCUUCUUGAUUCUUCUUGAUUCAACUUUAUUCAUAUAAGUGAGGAACUGCCUUGGACGAUGUCGCGGGCCCCGAGGGUCAACAAGAUCAAACAUGGCCAGCCCCUGGCCGAGCGCUACCCCGUGCUGGCUCAGAUCGACUGUUUCUGCUUCAAAUGUGGCAAACUUAUGCCGGACAAGCUAGAGGCGCCCUCUUCAAUCUUGGAGUUAGAGGAACUGAUUCACGCACAGCACAAAGUUCCUGCCGACAGUCAAGUGAAAACACAGAAAACGGCGUCAAUGAAAAACUAUUUUCUGGACAAGAAGAACCCAAGAAACUUGACCUUUCCUUGGCUGACCAACGAGUACAUUCGCAAUACGAGAAACUUGUCACUACAACGAAGGCAGACGUCCAUGCACUUGAACACUGUUAACGAUCUGUACAUUUUGUUGGAUAUCUUCUCAACCUCCAAAAACUCUUUGAUUUACUAUGCUAAAAAUAAAAAGAAUGAUGACCUCUGCGCUAUCAGGUUGUACCACUGUAAUGGAGUAGAACAGGAGAAGCUAGCACAUAAGGAGGCAAAGAUCCUGGAACUGGCCCGAGAGUGUCCGUUUGUUGUCAACGUUCAAGAGUGCUUCAAAACUUUGAGCGGCCACUACCUGGUGAUGGAGAGCUUUGGUCUGACGACGCUCCACAACCUGAUCAAAAACAAAUUCCACUUGAUCGAUGAGGAGCUCAGGAUUUAUGCUGCCCAACUGGUCACAGCCCUUAUAUUUCUACACGGGUGUGGUGUUACUUUAAGGAACCUGACGGCAAGUACCAUUGGUGUUUUGACGGACGGCAACUUGAAAAUUUUUGACCUGGAGGAAGCAUACCUGAAUAAUGGGCAGGACCUGUUUGAAAACUACGGUCUGCAAGCUUACCACCCCCCAGAGUUUAUCACCAGUCUGAGAUAUUCAAGCGAGGCUGACUGGUGGUCACUCGGGGUCAUCCUCUAUCUCCUGAUGCAUGGCAAGAUGCCCUUUGUGGGGCCGAACCGCCGACAGCUUUACUGGAACAUUGUUUACACCAAACCUCACUUCCCGCCCCUACACGCCGAGACUAGCGUGUCACUUGUCACAAUGCUGCUAGAGAAAAACCCAGCAGCCCGAUUGAGCGGGGCGACCAUCAGACACCACCAGUUCUUCUCACAGAUCGACUGGGUCAAGGUCGGCGAGCGGACGUACGACCCGCCCUUUAGGAUUCCAGAGCACGCGUUGUGUCGGAUGCCAGCAAAACUCUGCAACCCUCUUGAUUGCACGCGAGAAGGUCUGGAAGUUCUGGAUUUGGACGUCGCCAUUGCCGCCAAAAAAAAGUUGACCAGAAAAUCCUUAACGCCAAUGUGUUUUGACGACUAUGAGCUGAGCACGGAUUGGACUGUGUACAUUAAACACCACGGCAAGAUGGACGAGGUUUUUGCCUACAUGAACAACCAUCUUGAGCCCCCUAGGUACCCAAUGACGGAGGGCAAGUUGUACGUAGAGGACUGUAUCCUAAAGCUCCAGGACCUGACUAUCUCCAGGAGUACAGAUGCACCGGAGUUGACACAAGUUCAAUUUUCACAAGCGUCCACAGCUGACUUGCUUACAUCCAACUACGUACCCGGGCGAAAAGGGACUCUAGGAGACAGAUACAUGUCCAUUACAAGGUUCAGGGAUUUGGCAACUAUGGACACUGGAGAGCUGGAUGAUGAGUGACACAAAUCAAUGAGUGCUAUCUACCUGUCUGCAACCAUAUGCAAGACAGUAGCUGUCAUUGGCCAGUCAAGUGUGACAGCAGCUGACAGUUGUCCUCCUGUCAUUGGCAAGCUUUUGUCACUUGACAUUUUGUUACUUGACAUUUUGUUACUUGACAUUUUGUUACUUGACAUUUUGUUACUUGACAUUUUGUUACUUGACAUUUUGUU